AUGAAUGAGAAAUUACCAGAUAAUGUCUCAAUUUCAAACAAUAGUCACCUUGAAAAAUUUAAGAGUUUGUGGACUACCUGGAAUCAAUGUUUGUUGGACUUGUGGGAUGUAAUCCAUCCAGGACAUUUACAAGAGAAAGCACUACAAAAAAAUGCUGAUCUCUUCACUAUCCCAGUAAAUGAACUGGCCGAGCAGUUUCUAAGUUAUGAGGAGUUCAUUGGAUUGGCUCUUUGUGUUCGAAAAAAGAUUUACUAUGAAGUGCUGAAAUGUUACACAACCGGCAGCAGUCGCCUCCAAAAUGACGACAAACUGGUGGGCGUCAACCCAACUUUGCUGAACCCCGAGACCCAUGAUUGGGAAAUCUUCUGCUUAACUCCGUUUGAAGGUUAUCUGCCGAUGAAGAAAGAAGAGCUGAUUACUUCAGUUGAACAAAUCAUGACCGAAUCCUGCUUCGAAAUACUCAAGAGGUUGGUGUCUUCCUAUCGCAGCCGAAUUCCAACAAUCAAAAUCGUUUUCCACUUAGAAGAAGCCAUAAAACAUUGCUAUUCAGACGCAAACAAGUUUGACGUCAUCGACUGCUCUAAUUUCGUGAAUCAUGUUGGGUUAGCGAAUUUAGUUGUUGCAUGCUGCCAAAAGUUGUCGGACAACCCAAAUGCAGUUUUUUAUACCGAAAUAACAACUGAUAGUCAACAUUCGGCCAACACAAUCGUUGAGGCAUCCCUUUGCGCUCCAUUGAGUCUGAUUCCCACUAUAUACGGGUUGAGAUUGGCUGACCGUGUUGAAUUAAGGGAUUCUGCCGUAGAUUACUUGCGUUGCAAUACCCGUCCAAGAAAACGUUCAGUGAACCUCUGCUGGCAGAAAGUACCACCCUUUCAGAACAUUAAAUUGAUCCCUUCUCCUGAUUUAAAUCGAUGCCUAACGAAGCUAUCCAAACUUUGCCAUCCAACAUCAUAUUCAAAUCCUGUAGCUCCAGUGGUGAAAUGUAGAGGAGGUGAAAUCUACUACACUCCUCUAACAUUCAACUAUAUUUUGGAUUCAAUGAUUAAGCGAUUGGGACAUGAUUGUUGGUCACCAAGUAUUCACCAGCUUGAAAUCGCUCCCCAAUUUAGUCUGGCAAGAAGAAUUCUAAAGGAUUGGAAGAACGGGAAGAAAAUGAAGAAAUUUUCAGCUGGUGUUCAGUCCACAGUGGAGUCUGCAGUCAGCAAAGAAUCUACCCUUCUACUUCGGCUAGUUUUUGUCCAUCGGGCUUCUUUUGAGCUUAAUUUCAACUUAUCCGGACCUGAUGUUCACUUUAUCGAUAAUUUUGAACUUGAAUUGAAAGAUUCUUCUAGAGGAAUAGAAGUGGAAACGGUGUCGUUUUUACUGCCUCGUGGUCAUGUUUUUUUUUAUGAUGAGUAUGAUGCGAUUGUUAUCAAUGCUUUCAAUGGAAUGCCACUACUUUUCUUAGACCCUUUUGAAUCAAUGCGGGUGGAGAAAUAUGGUGUACCUUACCCGAUUGAGCAAAACAAAUCUCAACUUCCGCUGGAUCCUAAAAAUAAAAUGUGCAUUAAGGUCGAAAGUUGUAUUGAGUCAGAAAAACAGUACACUCUUAGGAUUGCUAUUGAAUGUGAUGGAAACGUUUCAGGAUUGAAGAUAUCCACUAACGAGCAGGCCCCCUGCGAAUCCUGCCAUGACGUCACAGUUUCAUUGACUCAACCCAGCCAAAUCAAACCGUUGUCCUUAACAUUUCCAUUUCCGAUCCUUGCGAAAAAUGUUCAAGCGACGCUCCAUCGAAAAAGUCGACAUGUCGAUUUGUUGUUGAAGAAAUCCCUGAUGGAACCUUGGCCUUGCGAGUUUCACACUAAAAAGUCUAAAUUGAUAAUAGACGAUUUAGUGCCCUGGAAAAACGACCCACUCACCUCUGAAGAUGGAUUCAACAAUUUGGAAUACCAUAUGUGCAGUCAAUUUUUAUCUAAGGAUAUCAAGUCAGACUAUCUUUAUUCAAGAUCAGCUUUUGAUAAUUUGCGUCUCAAGCUUGCAGAUUUGAUGUCCCGUGAUAUUGAGUUUGUCCGUUAUGGUCGAAAUGAAGAUUGGUACCUACUGAAACUCCAUCGGCCCCUUCUUAUUUCCCCGAUGGGAACCCCAAUUUUGCUGAUUACGGCUCUCCAUGAUAAUCAUACGUUAAAAUUUAUACCAAAAUUGUUUACGACUAACCUAACUGUGCUUAAUGAAGAAAUGGAUCAGUUUAGGAUUGUUUUGAAAGUUUUUCCACUUGGCACAUCCAAGGGCAUUAAGGUGAAAAUGGAUGCCGAGACCGAAGAAGAGUUUGAAUUGUUUCGUUUUCUCCUGCGUUUGAACUCAACUAGAAUGGAACCCAGCAAAUGGCAGAAGGAGAAUAUUCCUCUAGGAGGUAGCAGUCCUUGGCUUGCUACUUUCCUUUCGCCUCUCUACAAGGAUUCCGUAUCGACGGAAAGCAUCAAGGAUGAACCAGCUGACGAGAAAUGCUGUGCCGUUUGUAAGAAAAUCCCUGAGAAGUUGAAGCGUUGCAGUCGUUGCCGUUCUACUGUUUACUGCAGCGUGGAGUGUCAACAGUCUCAUUGGCGAAUUCAUAAACCCAUUUGCAAGAAAUUGUAAUUUGGUCGGAAUUUAUUGCAGCUUAAUCCGUGAGUUACUGAUUAGCCUAAAACUUAAAAACAAAUUCCAUUAUUGUUAUCAAGUGUAUUGAGAAUUUGAGUUUCUUUUUUUUUGUAAUUCAUUUGAUUAUUGGGAUUGGCUUUAGUUCACGGAAAACUCUUGAAGUCUUGAUGCACAGUUAAAACUUUUUUGUAUUGAAAAUCAAGAUUACAUUUGAUAUUUAAUAAACCAUUCCUCUCUCAAUUUUCUAAUUCAGUAGCAGCAGUAGGCAAAGUAAUAAGUGCCAGUUAUAAUAAAAUUCAUAAAUGAACAGUU